AAAAAAUAAAUUAAAAAUGAAAGUGCUACCGUGGAUUAUUUUUGUUUGUUUUGUAACAGCCGUAGUUGCAAAACCAGAUCAAGGAACAAUGGUUGACCCUAAAACGAAUGCCCUAACAACGGCAGCACCAAUGGCGGUAGCUCCAACGGCAGUGGUUCCAACGGCAGUGGUUCCAACGACUGUUGCUCCUGUACAAUCAACAUCAGCUCCCGUACAACCAACGUCAGUUCCAGUUCAAGAAAAUUCUAUGUCUGGCUGGAUGAUUACUCUUUAUAUAUUCCUUGGUAUUCUUGGAGUCGUGAUAUUAGUAAUUGUUGGAUUUAUACUCACGAAAAAAUUCUGUCCAUAA